CUAGAUUCCUUAACUGAAAAUCUUUAACCGUUUCUUUUCAAUGGACUUCUUCUCUCACUACUACUCCUCCGAUUCACACCAGUUUGAAUCCCCUGAUUCCGAUUCAUUGUCACCCAACUCCGACGGCGGCGGCGGCGGAGGCACCUCCGGCUCGCAUGACGAAAUCAUGUUGGCCUCCAGCCACCCGAAAAAACGGGCCGGCAGGAAGAAGUUCAGGGAGACCCGACACCCGGUUUACCGAGGAGUGAGGCGCAGGGAUUCCGGCAAGUGGGUUUGCGAACUGCGGGAGCCGAGUAAGCAGUCGAGGAUAUGGCUGGGGACAUAUCCAACCGCGGAGAUGGCUGCGCGCGCCCAUGACGUGGCAGCUCUUGCCUUGAGGGGCAAGUCCGCGUGUCUCAACUUUGCUGACUCUGCUCGGACUCUGAGGAUUCCGGAUUCCACCGACCCGAAGGUUAUACAGAGGGCGGCGUUGGAGGCGGCUGAGGCAUUCCGCCCGUCGAGUAGUGGGAUGUUAAUGGUGAAUGUUGAGGAGGAGGAGAACAUAAUUGGGAAUAAUGCUGAUCAUCCAGAGGAGGUUACUGCGGCGGCGGCAGAGAUGUUUGUGGAUGAUGAGGCUGUUUUUGGAAUGCCGGGAUUGAUGGCCAAUAUGGCGGAAGGGAUGAUGCUGCCCCCACCGCCUUAUAACUCCUACUAUAAUAAUAAUAAUAAUAACUAUAACUAUGACUACAAUUAUAAUAAUGUCGGAGAGUACAGUCAUUCUUAUUCGGAUGACGUGGAAGGUGAUGCCAACGUGUCACUAUGGAACUUUUAGGGGGAAAACGUGCUUUUCUAUUUGUAGUAGCUGACGUGGUGGGUAGGUGAUGUCAACAUGUCACUAUGUGGGACUUUUAGGUGAAAAAUAAGUGUGCUUUUGUACUACUAGCUUGUAGUAGCUCUCCAUGAAAAGGAGGUGAUCCUAGUGAGUGUGUGUGAGAGAGAAAGAAGAGCGUUUGAUUGCUGAAAAUUCAAACGCUAGCGUUAUCCUUGGCCGUGCUUAUACAUAGAUUUUGAAUGAUAUAAGUACGGUCUGGAUAAAGGUGUUGUAUAUGUUGCGUACUUUAAGAGGAAUGUAGGGGAUCAAAUCUCCAUACUAGUUUCGUAAUUAUUAGAUCAGUAAUUAAU